GCCAGUUGAAAUGUAACGGAAGGACCAAACAGAGGCGAGAAAUUUAAAUCAGACGGUAGCGAGGAGUCAAUGAAAGCGAAUUUGGCGAAGAAAGGGAAAAUGCUGAAUGUUUAAUGCAGUCAGUUAAUCUCCGGUCGCUCAUGGCCGAAGAGAAGAAGCUGAAGUUAAAGCGGAAGAGAGUUCCUGACCAAUCUCGGAGGGAGUUAAACCCUAACCCACGGCUCCCAGCUGUCUGCCAUUUAAUUAAAGAAACUGGUAGUGAUUCUACCAGAGAGCAGCCAGGAACUCAGAGGAAGGAGUUGCCAUUUGCUGUUUCCACCUGGCUAAACAACGAUGAUUUGAAUGAGAAUGACCACAUGUGGGCUGUAUUGAUAAAAUCUAUCUUUCUGGGCAUAGAAGUGACAAAUUGGAAAACUGUGCCAGUGCCAGACCUGCCUCCGAGCCCAGAGAAGAUACUCAAAACCACAGAACCAGUUAUCUCUGCAGGAAAAGAGACUUUUACAUGGAUACCUUUUCCACCUGUGUGCAGAGCAGUGAAUCUGAAAAUAAAACGCAAAUCUCACUUGUUCCUCAAUCAGAGAGAUGAUUCGUUUAGGAAAAGGGAUAUGAUUCAUAGCUCUGAACUCCAAAUGGGCAGAUCUCAACUUUCUAUAUCAAUGAGAAGUGAAAGCAAUUUAUCUUCUAUGGAUAAGCCAAAAGAAAAUUUAACACCUGGAGAUAUUUUUGAAAUAGAUCCAUCACUGUUCUCUCCAGAAUCUGCUGCAAGCAAGCAUGAGAAAUCUUACCUAGUGGAUGAGCAACAUGGCAGAGAAAAUAUGCCAGUUGAUGUUACUCACUGUCCCAUUGCGUCUCUUCAGCAAAACGAAAGGGAACCAAAGCAGUCAGUGCUUGAGCUACAGUCCAACCUGAAGCCCCACAAGGGGAAGAUAAAACAGCACAUUGUGGGAUUGAAAGAGAUAUUGUGUGCCGAGGACAAUGAUGAUGAUGUAAUUACAGGGGAAUGCCAGGACCAUUCAUUCUCUGUCGAUGGGUUCUGUACCACCAGCAAGAUGACCACAGUAGCUGCUGUCAAUAAAGGAAGGCCUGACACACAGAUCGCAGGAGAACUGGAGCUGGAGAGCUGUCCAAUGUGCUUAAUGCAAUUUCCUGCAGGAUUCACUGUGUUGGAAGUCGAUAACCAUCUCGCCAAAUGCCUCUCUGAAAGCACAGAAGAUGUGAUAUGGUAAUUACUUGGACAAAAGAGCACCAUGUUAAACAGCUUGUACACAAUGCAAAGGGUCGAUAAAUAAAGUGCAGAUUGCA